AUGCGGCUGCUGACGCAUAAUUUUCUUUGCUGCAUUGAGUGCCAAUCGUUUCCCCUGCAGCUACGGGACGUGGAGGUGGAAGUGCUGCCCAGUGAAUUUAACCCCGCCUUUAUUCGCCUGAUGCUUGCUCGCAUGGAUUACGGUUUUAUUUUAGCAGCCUUCAAUGCCAUGAAGGAUGGGCAGCAGGAUCUGCUAGAAUCCGCGAGUCACCUGCCGAAGAGUUUAGAAGAUGUUGAUCUUUCCGACCAAUCAGAGGACCUCAAGGCGAUUCAUCACGUAGUGCAGGAGAUGGCAGUGCGAAAUGGGAGGCUUGUGUGCCAACAGUGUCAGCGGGAAUACCCGAUUCGAGACUUUAUCCCAGACAUGGUAAUUGAGGGGAAGUAA